AAGAAGAAGAAGAAGAAGAAGAAGAAGAAGAAGAAGAAGAAGAAGAAGAAUCGCCGUCCACUCUCGAAAUUCACUCCCGGGACUCGAUCCGUCCCUCCGCGAGUCAUCAAAACUUUCGACGCAGCGUUGAGACUAUAAUGAGGAGAGAAAUUCAUGUUCAGUGAAGAUCCUCUCACAACAAUCACACAUUCAGCAGUUCAACAAUAAAUGCUGGAAUAUUUCCAUCAGUUCACAAGUGAAGACGAGCAUCAAACAAUCAGGGAGAGCUGAAAUCUGUAAAGACUGAGUUUAUUAAAGAGGACAGAGAGAAGAUGAGAGAUCCAGAACCCUGCAGAAUCAAACACUCUGAAGAUACUCAAGAACUAACAGAGUUGAUUGAAGAAAAUGAAGAGAAUGGAGAAUUGAGUGAAAUUGAUGAGAAUAAUCAUGUCAAAACUGGAGAACAACAUUUGAGUUGCUCUCAAACCAAACAGAAAGAUUUAAUGAAAAGAGGAGCCAAGAAAUCUUUCACCUGUCCUCAGUGUGGAAAGAGUUUCACAUUCAAACAUAAAAUUAAAGCUCACAUGAGAGUUCACACUGGAGAGAAACCAUUCACUUGUGAUCAGUGCGGGAAGAGUUUCACACAAUCAGCAAACCUUAAGGAUCACAUGAACAUCCACACUGGAGAGAAACCAUACAAGUGUACACUCUGUGACAAGAGAUUCAGUUGGUCAAAAGACGUGAUCAGACACAAGGCAGUCCACACAGGAGAGAAACUGCACACAUGUGAUCAAUGCGGGAAGAGUUUUGCACUAAAACAACACUUUACGGCACAUGUGAGAGUUCAUACGGGAGAGAAACCAUACAAGUGUUUAUACUGUGACAAGAGAUUCAGUCAGUCAGGAAACCUGAAGACACACAAGAGGAUUCACACUGGAGAGAAACCGUAUCACUGCACUGAAUGUGGGAAGAGUUUCAAUCAUUCAGUUUUCUCUACACAGUCAUAUAAAAAACAUUCACAGUAAGUAGAUCAUCUUCAGAUCCAGCUUUUUCUGAUCUGAUGCUGUGUCUUCACCAAAUGUGACACAAUAAUGCAUCAUGCAGUGAAAUAUCAUCUGGAUAAAUCUCUCAUUACAAGUGACAUGACAUAGAAACGUUUAUCUGAAGUAUUCACAGUGAAUAAAGUUCAUCUUCAAAACCAGCAGAUUCAACUGUGAUUCAGAUCAACUCAAAGGUGGACUUCCUCCACAAAGUACCAUGUCAGAAAGUUUUAUUCUUGUAUAUCAUUUUGUUUCAUGAUAUAAAUGAUAUCAGUGUUUUUUUAUGAGUUUCAUAUUCUGUUCAAUUGUCUUAUAAUGAGAUUCGGAUCAACUCAAAGGCUCUAUUCAGACGGUAAAUGUUUCUCCUGACACCUUGAGAUUAAAAUAACAUGAUAAUCAAUGAUGAACUCAUGAAGCAGUGGAAGUUCAUUCAUCAUUUCUGUGAUGUGAAGCUCAAGUAUGAUCUAAUGAUGAUGAUGUUUGGUUUAUACUGUAUGUUUAUUAUGUUUGAACUGAACUAACAGACAGGAUCACAACAGUCCUAUUGACUUCUGAGGAACCACACACGUCUUUAUAUUGUUUGUUGUUUUUAAUCUUUUAUUUCAUUUCCAGUUUAACAGACUGAAUCUGUAUUUUUUUUUUUUCCCUCUUGAUUGUCUAUCAUCUGUCAGCACAUCUGUCCUGCAGUGAUUGUGAUUAUUGUUGA